AUGGUUUUUAUUUGUGAAAAUGUAAGGAUCAAGGUUUCCAUGAACCGUCUCCGCCACUUUAACAACCUCCUAUUUUUCUACUAUUUUCUGUCACUUUCUCGCGAUUUCUUGGGCUGUUUUGCGUUCUCUCUAUCGGGUUUGUCUCUAUGGUUUAAAUUGAUGUUGGCUGCUAUGAUAUACCUAAUGGAAAAUUACAAGCCAUAUGAAGAGAAGGAAUGGUAUUUCUUUACACCAAGAGAUCGCAAGUAUAAGAAUGGGAAGCAGCCAAAUCGAGCUGCAGAUAAUGGAUACUGGAAGGUUACCGGUACUAAUAAGACUCUGAGAUUUAUGGGUGCCGAUGUUGGUUUUAGAACCGCAUUAGUAUUCUACAAACGAAUACCUCCCAAAGGCGAAAAAACCAACUGGAUUAUGCAUGAAUAUCGAUUACCAAACAAUCAUCCCAAGGCUCCAACUGUUGGAAAUGAAAUGAGGGCAGGUUACUUGAUAUGGGUUUGUAGAGUCAUACCUUAA